AAUGCCGCACCCUACAUACCGUCGUUCCAGCACUUCCCUUGUAGGUCCGCGACGGCCCAGCCUCUUGGCUCAUGGUAGUGUAGACAUCUCGGAGCUCAACCUCCUCAAAGAAGAAACUCAUACUGGAGACCACUUCCUAACGGCAGCGCAAUUGGAAACUGUCUACCGUACAAACAUUCAGACUGGUCUCACCGAUAACUUUGCUAAGGAACUUCUAGUGACCUACGGUCCGAAUGCUCUUAAAGAAUUAAGAGGAAACAGUUAUUGGAAAAUAUUUAGGCAUAAUCUAUUCGGCUGGUUUCAGUGCGUAUUAUGGGUAGGUGCAAUACUCAAUUUCAUUGCAUUUUUUUUCGCAAGUAAAAUUGACGCAGGCUCUGAUAGUGGAGGGCAUUCCGAUAAAGAAUACCUUUAUUUGGGGUGCGUCAUUAUAGCUACUAUAGUGGGUACUGGAGUAUUCGGAUUUUACCAAGAAGCGAAAAAUAUGGCUGUCAUGAGCGGUUUCGAAAAGUUGGUGCCUCCAAAUGCAGUCGUUAUACGAAAUGGCGUUAAGAAAAUAAUACCUAACAUCAAUGUCGUAAUUGGUGACAUAGUAGAGAUGACGGGAGGAGAAGUAGUCCCAGCAGAUGUACGUAUAUUAUCUUGCAGUAAUUUCAAAACUGAUAUGUCUUCACUGACUGGAGAAUCUGAACUCGUACAACACAGGCCUGAAUGUACUCAUGCAAAUCCUUUAGAAUCUAAAAAUAUGGCUUACUUUGGGUGUCCUAUCGUUGAGGGUUCAGCUAAAGGAGUGGUAGUUGCUAUUGGGGAAAUGACACAGAUAGGAAAAAUCGCAGGACUUGUAACGGGAUUAGAAAAAGAAGAGACACCUAUUGCAAAAGAAAUAACGCAUUUUAUUAAGUUAAUUUGCGGAGUAGCAUUUGUUUUCGGUAUAACAUUUUUCUUAAUGGUGUAUUUUAUACAAAAGCAUUGGCUAUCAGCAUUACAAUAUAUGCUUGGUAUAAUUCUCGCCAAUGUACCUGAAGGUUUGAUUGUUACAUUAACUGUCUGUAUGACGUUGUCUGCUAAACAAUUGAAAAAGAAGAAUUGUUUAGCCAAAACCUUACAAGCAGUUGAGACUUUGGGAUCAACUUCAUGUAUAUGUUCUGAUAAAACUGGGACGCUGACGGAGAAUCAAAUGAGCGUAUCGCAUUUAUUCUGUGACUUUAAAAUUUAUGAUAAAAGCGAUCAUAGUCAUGUAUCCGAUCCUUCUUAUUCAUCUUUAUGUUUGGCAGCGUCUCUCAAUCUCAAGGCUGUGUUUGUAUAUGAUAAUAUGAAUUUACCUGUCGAAAAAAGGAAAAUAUUAGGCGAUGCUUCAGAAUCAGCAAUAUUAAGAUAUAUGGAGAUAAACCGGUCAGCAACUCAAACUCGUGAAGAGAAUCCUAAAGAGGCAGAGAUACCAUUUAGCUCUGCAUAUAAAUAUCAAGUAACGAUCCAUCUUAUGCAAGCCACUCAAAGCUAUUAUUUAAUUAUGAAAGGCGCUCCCGAAAUCAUAAUAGAAUACUGUACUCGAGUUCACUCUGAUGAGAAAGAACAACCAUUGACUCCUCAGAUUAAAAAGGAAUUAAAAGCCAAUUUUAUUAAAUUAGCGAACAUGGGUGAACGAGUUAUAGGUUAUUGUGAUCUGAAAUUGCCGCUAAGUGCAUAUCCUAUUGGAUAUAAAUUUGAUACGCAACAGAAGAAUUUUCCUCUUGAAGACCUUGCUUUUAUUGGUGCGAUUUCUAUGAUUGAUCCUCCGAGACAGGACAUUGAAAAAUCUAUAGCGCUCUGUAGGCAAGCUGGCAUUAAGGUAAUUAUGGUAACGGGGGAUCAUCCUGUUACUGCAUUAGCUAUAUCUCGCAAAUGUGGUACUAUUACUCAGCCGACAGCAUAUGAUUAUGCUUUUGAACAUCACAUUGAGCUUGCAGAUGUACCACCUCAUAUUAAAAGCCAAUUCAAAGCUACUGUUAUAACGGGAGAUGAACUUCGCAAAAUGAGCGUAAAUGAUCUUAAAGCGGCACAAACUAAAUAUACUGAAAUCACUUUUGCCAGAACCAGUCCGCAACAAAAAUUAUUCAUAGUUGAAACUUAUCAAUCUUUAAAACAUGUAGUAGCUGUUACCGGUGACGGUGUUAAUGAUUCACCAGCUUUGAAGAAAGCAGAUAUUGGAAUAGCUAUGGGUAUAAAUGGAACGGAAGUCUCAAAACAAGCUGCUGAUAUGAUACUUCUCGAUGAUAACUUUGCAUCUAUAGUGUUAGGCAUUAAAGAAGGUAGGAGAAUCUUUGAUAACCUGAAGAAAACAAUCGCUUACACUCUUACUUCAAACACGCCUGAAAUGAUGCCUUUCGUUCUGUAUGCUUGCUUGGGCAUGCCUUUACCGUUGACAUUAAUGUUGAUCCUAGUUAUAAACGUUGGCACAGACUUGUUACCUGCGAUGAGCCUCGCCUACGAGGAUCCCGAAGAAGAUGUUAUGUCGAUACCACCACGCAAACCAACUGACCACCUCGUUAAUAGAGUUCUUAUUUUCAUGGCAUACUUCCAAGUAGGACUAAUUCAGUUUUUUGCCGGAAUGUACGCUUAUUUUAUAGUGUACGCACAGGAUGGCUUUUUUCCUUCUAGCUUGAUAUUUGUUCGUAGUGAAUGGGAAUCUAAAACAAAAGUGGUUAAAGAUACGCUCGGUCGAGCAUGGUAUUAUGAUGACAGGAAACGAGUGGAGAAGAAGGCGCAGACUGCUUAUUUCGUGUCUGUGUGCUGGACUCAGAUAUCUGACGUUAUAAUAUGUAAGACUAGAAGAAUAUCGCUUCUGAAGAAGGGUAUGCGAAACCAUGUAUUGAAUGUAAGUAUUGUCAUAGAUUUGAUCGCAGCUGUGGUCGCAACAUACUUGCCAUUUUGCCACGAAGUUUUUAAUACAGAACCGUUGUCAUGGCACGACUUCUUCCUUGCUGUUCCAUUCAUGGUUCUUAUGAUAGUUGGUGACGAGAUUAGGCGUUAUUUGAUUAGAAACAAUAUUUCAAAGUGGGUCGAGCAAGAGACUUAUUAUUAA